CCGAUUGGGAGAGAGAAAGAAUGAAAGAGAAAUCCAAAGACUGUUGUGGCAGACAACAGUCAAUCUCUCUCCAGACUCGGUAUAAAGUAAUGAAUCAACUGCAAGACCUCCACACUCCCCUCGGCGCCGUGCUGAUCCUUAACGCUUUCGUGCUUGGAGUUGAACGAGUCAGACCUCUUUCUCUUCUCUCUCUUUCUCUUAUUCUUCCUUCUCUCUCUCUUCUUUACCUCGUGUGUGAUACUCUACUGCAUCCACUGUCUCGGCUCCCUACCCUACUCCCGUACCCUAUUUCUUAAUCUCGACUACCCACUUGCCGACAACGGACUCCAACCAUCUGUGACGGUUAGUCUGUUACCCACCUCCAUUCAUUCCCCUUUGCAUUUGCAUCUGGUCGGAAUUGAAUUGUUGCUCCUGGUCCUUUCCUGUCGGUCCUUACCUCCACUUCUCUUCCCUUCUUCCCCCCC